GGUCGGGUCAGGUCAGCUGAGCUGCGGUCUCGUUUCUUUUCCUGCAUUUUCAUGGCGGGCAAACGGGGCGUUUUCACCGAUUCGUUGACCUCGUGUGGAUCUGAGUGGACACGGAUGUGAAUUUUCUGUUUGUCUUCUGUUUGAUGGCUGAGAAAAUAGAGGGGAAAGGAAGAGAAAACAAGUGUCUUGAGAAAAAUUGCUGAUUUUGAGCUAUAAAGAAAGGUGUUUCGCGGUACAUACAGCUUGUGAACAGUUCACGCUUUCUUUUUGAUUGCCGUUAAAGUUCGAACAGCCUACAGUCUUUUGCAGCAUUUGAGGUAUAAAGCAGAGACAGUGACACCAAAUUGAGUCAUUUAAGCUUUAAUUCGGCAGCUCAAAAAGCAUCAAGUGCUUAGGGUUUUUUAUUUACGGUUCGCGAUUUCAUUGAGGGGGCUGUUGCAAUAAAUUGAGUGAUUUGACCAUCUGUGUGGUUUCUGAUGGCGCUGGUAGCCUCGAAUUAUCCAUCAGGAGGACCUCAUGCAGGAGCUCCUUGUGAUGCUCUAUACAAGGAACUGUGGCAUGCCUGUGCUGGACCCCUGGUAACUGUUCCCCGCGAAGGGGAGCGAGUUUAUUACUUUCCACAAGGUCACAUGGAACAGCUUGAAGCAUCAACGACACAUCAAGGGUUAGACCAGCAAAUGCCCUCAUUCAAUCUGCCAUCUAAAAUUCUUUGCAAAGUAGUUCAUGUUCAACUUCGGGCAGAACCAGAAACUGAUGAAGUUUAUGCCCAAGUAACUCUGCUACCUGAACCAGAUCAAAGUGAGAUUACUAGUCCUGAUCCUCCACUCCCAGAACCUCAAAGAUGCACAGUCCAUUCAUUUUGCAAGACGCUUACAGCUUCCGACACGAGCACCCAUGGUGGAUUCUCUGUUCUUCGAAGACAUGCAGAUGAUUGUCUACCUCCAUUGGAUAUGUCCCAGCAGCCACCCUGGCAGGAAUUGGUUGCAGCAGAUCUGCAUGGCAAUGAAUGGCACUUUCGUCACAUAUUUCGAGGGCAACCUAGGCGUCACUUGUUGACUACUGGAUGGAGUGUAUUUGUUAGCUCCAAAAAGUUAGUGGCUGGCGAUGCAUUUAUAUUCCUAAGGGGUGAAAACGGAGAACUGCGCGUUGGAGUAAGGAGGCUCAUGAGACAACUAAGCAAUAUGCCAUCUUCUGUUAUAUCCAGCCACAGCAUGCAUCUUGGAGUUCUUGCCACAGCCUCCCAUGCAAUUUCAACCGGAACCCUCUUUUCUGUCUUCUAUAAACCAAGAACAAGUCGGUCGGAGUUCAUUGUAAGCCUCAACAAGUACCUUGAAGCUCGCAACCACAAACUCUCUGUUGGGAUGAGGUUUAAGAUGAGAUUUGAGGGUGAGGAAGUUCCUGAAAGAAGGUUCAGUGGCACAAUUGUUGGUGUUGGGGACAAGAAUACAUCAUCAGGAUGGGCUGAUUCUGAGUGGAGAUCCUUGAAGGUUCAAUGGGAUGAACCUGCAUCAAUCUUUCGUCCGGAAAGAGUGUCAGCUUGGGAAUUGGAACCACUUGUGGCAGCAGCUGCCCCUACAAAUUUACAGCCCGCACAGAGGAAUAAGCGGGCAAGGCCUCCAGUUUUACCUUCAGCAACACCAGAUCUCUCUGUACUUGGCAUGUGGAAAUCCUCAGUUGAAUCUCCAUCAGGUUUCCCAUAUUGUGACCCACAUCGUGGCCGAGACCUUUAUCCAUCACCUAAGUUCUCUUCUAUUACAAAGACCAACUCUUUCAGUUUCAGUGGGAAUAGCUCCCCCGCUGCAGUUUCCAGCAAUUCAAUGUACUGGUCGAAUAGAAUGGAACCCGCAACGGAGUCGUUUGCACCAGCUGUUAACAAAGAAUCUGGUGAAAAGAGACGGGACACUGGCAGUGGCUGCAGGCUCUUCGGCUUUCAGCUGCUUGACAACUCCACGGUGGAGGAGACUUUGCCAGUAUUGACAGUGGGAGAGGACCAGCCAGUUCCAUCUUUAGAUGUUGAAUCUGACCAGCAUUCUGAACCAUCUAACAUUAACCGAUCUGAUAUUCCUUCUGUAAGUUGUGAGGCUGAUAAAUUGUCCCUGAGAUCUCCCCAGGAGUCGCAAAGCAGGCAAAUUCGGAGCUGCACAAAGGUUCACAUGCAAGGGAUUGCUGUUGGAAGGGCUGUAGAUUUGACCCGGUUUGAUCGGUAUGAGGACCUGCUGAAGAAACUGGAGGAGAUGUUUGAUAUUCAAGGCGAGCUAUGUGGGUUGACAAGCAUAUGGCAAGUUGUGUACACUGAUGAUGAAGAUGACAUGAUGAUGGUUGGCGAUGAUCCAUGGCUUGAGUUCUGCAGCAUGGUGAGGAAGAUUUUUAUCUACACCGCCGAGGAAGUGAAGAGGCUGUCACCCAAGAUAAAACUGCCGGCGAUGGAAGAGAUCAAACCAGGGAAGCUGGAUUCAGAUGUGGCCAUGGCUGGCACGGACGACCAGUCAUCCGUGGUGGGGCCUGGUUGCUGAUUCAUCUGCUUCAAAACAAACCUGAAAAGCAAAACAAAACAAAACAAACCCAAAACAGAAAAAGGAAAAAAAAAAAAAAAAAGAAAAAAAAAAUGGAACUGGCUCAUAGGAUCACUCACAAUUUUGUUUUGUAGGAGGAACAACAUGGAUGAUGCUAUGGGACGUGGCGACUGAUGGAGCACACUGGGUGAGAAAAGAAUCGAAUAGAAGGGUGUGGGGAGAGCGACCUGGCAUAUAGAUAAAGGAAUUUCUGGAUGUUGCUUUGUUAUGGAUACUAUUUCGGGGUUUUCUUUUUUGUUCUGUUUUGUGAAGGGAAUCUCAUGGUGUUGGGACUUUUCAUCAUCUUCUUCGGAUGAGCUUGAAAGUGUUGUAUGCUCCACACAUCUCUCAGAGGGGCAAAAAGUACCAUAAAAAAACAAAAAAAGAAGGGAAAAAAGGGUUGGGGAAAGAUGGUUUCUUUCUUUUUUUCUUUUUUCUGUUUUAUAAUUUCUUUUACCUUUUUCUCCUUUUAUAAUAUGAUAUAGAGAAUACAGCCUCCCACUUGUGUAUAUAUAUAUAUAGAGUGAGAGGGUAUAUGGUAUAGUGAUUUGGUUGAUGA